AUGCCACCCUUACACCUUUGGUUUUAUGAUUGUACCUCCACACCUACAUCCCUGAUAGGCAAAUGGGAAUAUACUGGAGUUGACAAUGAUGCUAGAAAAUAUUCAAAACAACUUCAAAUGAAUAUCAAAGGUGCUGAACAAGUUUUAAUUAAAUGUCGAGUGCAAGCGAAUCCAUCAGCUGAAGUAUCAUGGUUUAAAGGACGAGAUAAAACAAGAAUCGCAAGUCCAAAUUAUGAAAGAACAAGCGAAGGUUUAAAGAUAAAUAAAGUUGAUGUAUCCGAUAAUGAUAUAUUUUGGUGUCGAGCAGAUGUUUUUGAAACGGGAGAAUCAAGAGACUUUUCUAUUGCUGUUAUUAUUUCAAAAUUUGUUACACAACCUAACAUUCAAUGUGCAUCACCAUGCGCUAUUGAAAAGAAAACGGCUACAUUAAUAUGUGAAGCAGCAGGUUUACCACCAGCGAAAUAUCAAUGGUUUUAUGGGAAUACAGAUGAAUUACGACAGGUUAAAGUAAGUGGAUAAGGCUAAAUAAAUGCAUAAUACACAAGUGAAUCUGAUGUGAAAUGAUGUUAUCACUCUAAUCAGAUGAUCUUGAAUGUUUCACUGUUAUUUUAUAUUUUUUUGAAGUGAUGUUUAAUAUUAAUGGAUAUUACAUGUGUUAAGAAGCGCUUCAUAACCUUUUUUUAUUUUUGUUUCAGUUAACUUAUUAUUUGAACAAAUUUUCGUAUAGUGAUGUAGUUAAUAGCUUCAUUAUUAUUAUUUUUUUUUUUGAGUUUUCAGUUAAAAGUUUUGUUUUAUUUUUAGAACCUCUGCGCUUGCUUAAAAAGUACGCAUAGUGACGUGGUGCAGUAGAUCGAUGUGCUUUAUAAGACUAGCUCCGAGGGUUGUUUUUGUCCCUUGGGAGUGUAGAAUAUUUUAAUGAUCGGAGAUAGAAGCACGCUCAUUGAAGACUGUUUUUAAUUGUCUUUUAUAUCUUAUUGCAUUUUCAGAUAGGCUUUUUGCAGAUAACGGUAAAAGUUUUGAAAGUUCAUCUGUUUUGUAUCCAUAAUACACUGUAGAAAUAUUUGUCCAAAAAGAACUGACUAAUAACCUUGUUUAAAACUUUUAAACUUACGAGGAAAGGACACCAACUGUCCAAUCGCUUUUGAGCCGUGAGUUAGUGUACAAUAGGUAAUCAAGUAUGCUGAAUCCGAAUAUGACAAUGGUUUGGGCCACAAGGCCUCCAAAGACUGGAUUUCUAGAAAACCAGUUUUCCAGAAACUCAAAAAACUCUCCAAAACCUUUCUUAAUAAGCCAUGCUUGUAGCCCGCACAUUUCUGAUCAAAAUGAGACAUUGCCCAGCUCUACAUGACAUUUCUUUGCAAAGUUAUGGAAUUUACAAGAAAAGCCCUAAAUCAAUUUUUUCCUUCUUAUUUUUGUAGCUUUGAGCUGACAAUGAACAUUUGGGCUGUUUUAUAACUUUAUUGAUUCAUAGUAAAAAGGCCAGCGACAGGGUCAUUUUAGGCCUAACGUUUAACAGUAUGUAAUCAAGAACAAAGGGAAGGUAAAUUGAAAUCAGAAGGGAAAGAAGGAAUUAACAAUAGAAAUGAAAUAUAAAAUGAAUUAAAUAAACGGUAAAUGAUAAUGAUAGUGAUAGGUCCUGUAGAUAUGGUGGAUUUAUGGCUUAUAAAUAGAAUUAAAAGGAAUUAGACAUGCUGCUAAUUUUCAGAUCGUCCUGUUUCAGAAAUAUAAGAGUUCACAGCCCAAAAAAUGGAUGCUACCUCAUCCUCGCUCCUUCCGAUCUCAUUAAGUAGUAAUAUGUCCAUGGUAAAGGUUUUUAAGAAGUUUAGUUUUUACUUUAAAAUUAUUCUUUCAUUAUUAUAUAGUGGACAAUUAAGAAGAUAGUGUUCAGCAUCCUCUCUAACACUCCCACAUAUACACUUAGGCGAGUUUACACAUUUAUGUUUGAAUAAAUAGUAGUUAAGUGCUGGAAAGUUUGAUUUUAUCCUAAAAAAUAAAACUUCUGCUCGACGUGUCGAAAAUGUUAACUUUUUAGGAAAUGGUGGUACUGUGAUUAAGUCUGAUUUUAAGCAUAUUCUCAUUUUUGAAAUACUCAUAGUGAUGUAAUCACCAUUGUUCACUACCAGAUUGUUCCAUUCUUUCGUAACAACAGUAAAGAAGUCCUUUUCUAUAUUAUUAACUACCUCUAUCAGCCAUGGUUUACACAAAAUUUGCGCUUUUUGUACAGAAAGAAAAAACGCUUAUUCAAAAAAUAUAAAGACAAUUUUUCUCUCUCUAAUCAAGAAAAAUAUAAAAGAGCGUGUAGUACAUUUGAAACGCAAUGUGUAAAAGAAAAAGGAAAAUAUUUAGAACGUAUACGUACCACAAAUGCAUCGAAUAAAUCAUGGUGGAAGCUAGUAAAAACACUUUUUAAACGGUCACGAUCUGUAAGUAUUCCUGUAAUAAAAGACGAAAAUGGAACGGACUAUUCUGAAGAAAGCAUAAAAGCGAAUAUUUUAAACAAACAUUUCGCGAAGAUCUGCAGUAUGGAUCUAAGUGAUUGCAAUAAGGUAAUACCUCAGAACAUACUUAUCAUGAAUCCUCAUAUUCUAGACGUUUUCACAGUAUCGGUUCAAGAGGUAGAAAAGUGCUUGAGUAAAGUUAAUCCUAAUAAAGCUACUAGUCAGGAGAUAACAUCUAGAAUUCUCCUAGAAGCUGGCCCUGUUAUAGCUCACGAUCUUACGCAUAUUUGUAACUUCUCUCUCCUAAAUGGUGUUUUCCCUGAUAAAUGGAAGUUAGCAACUAUUCAUCCUAUAUUUAAAGACGGUGACAGCACUCUUCCAACCAAUUAUAGACCCAUUAGCUUGCUACCCGCCAUGUCAAAAGUUCUUGAACGACUAGUUUUCAAUAAAUUAUACGCGCAUAUUAAAAAACAUAAAUUAUUAACGCCAUUCCAAUCCGGCUUUAUUCAGGGAGAUUCAACAGUCAAUCAGCUAGUAGAUCUUAUACAUGAAAUCAAUGCGAAUUUAGACAGCGGUAACUUUACUCUUUCUGUAUUUCUUGAUUUUUCAAAGGCUUUUGAUAAAGUCUGGCACUCAGCUUUACUUUAUAAACUACGAAAAAAGGGAGUGUCAGAAGAAUUGUUACAAUGGUUCUCAAGCUAUUUAAGUCUUAGACAAUGUGUGACUAUUGUUAACGGACAAGCGUCAACAACAUUAAAUAUGAACAGAGGAGUGCCGCAGGGAUCUAUUCUUGGGCCUCUGCUGUUCCUUCUGUUCAUUGAUGAUAUUUGUU